AUGCGUCUCCUUAACGCUAGCUUCCAGAUGUUUCCAAUAAUAAAAUUUCCAAAUCAUAUAAUUCAAUUACCCCUGGCCUCGAUAUGUGUGCCUUCAGCAACAGUUACCUUAUCUCGUUCCCUGCGAAAUCUACCCGCUUCUACUGAUUAUAGCAUUGCUACUGAUACUCUAUGUCUUCGUCCUAAACUUGUUUCUGAACUUUGUUGCUCUCCUCGUUUAAGCCGUCGUUUCCUAGCAUUGGUCCAACAGAAAUUCAUCCAUCUCCAACCUUUUUUUUUUGUAGGUCUCAAUCCUUUUACUCAGGUUGAUUACAGGCUGGUCAAUGUGGAUCCCUUUUUACAACUUCUAGGCUUUUCCUUUCCAAUUUGGUCUCAGUCUCUGCUCUCCUCCAAGAUGUAUCGUAAACACUGUCGUCCCCCCAACCCAAGGAUUACUUUACCGUCAAUACUCUGUUCGGCCUUUUGGCGCUUUCCUCUCACCCAUGCUGGUCGUAACGUAUGGUUUCGGGUACUACAUCACAAGAUCCCCUCUCAUUUUCUGUUGAAUCAACUAAUUCCGGCAUACUUUGACUCUCCAUUAUGUGAUAUAUGUUCGAUUGAGGAUGAUUCUCUCAGCCAUUUUCUUUUUCUCUGCCCUUUAAAGACUUCUGUCUGGUCAUGGAGCCUUUCUUAAUAGAAGCUGUUCAUAUUGCCUUAUUCCAUCUUCAUUUUCCUGGUGUUCGCCCUGACUGUUCUAUUACUGAUGCUAGUGUUAUUAUUUGCUCCUCUCUUCUUGCUAUCUGGCGUAGUCAUUGGGCCUAUAUCUUUGACUCUGUCCUUUUUAUCUCGUCUACUACUAUUGCCUCUGCUACUCAUUUGAUACAACAAUAUCUAAAAGAAGCUCUCUAUAAUCAAGGCAUUUCACCUCUCCUUUUAGUUAUUACUAAUAUAUCACUCAGCCAAAGCAAACACCCCAUCAGCACAAAACAAAACCUUAAAAAAACAAUAACCCGUGACUUGAUAAUAUUGUC